AACGUAAUGUGGUAUUAUUUAACCAUGCUGUAUUCGGCCACACUGAGCAGUGUAAUCGCCGGCAAUUAGUGAUAUCAACAAAUACAAUCUUGUUAAUUUCAUUCAGAAAGUCUCAAAGAAGUGCAAUCCAAGUCAUGGCAGAGCCAAAGGCAGUCAACAGCCAAGAAGCAAUUGCGCGCCUCCGUGAAUUCGGUUAUGGCUUUACAGAAGAUGGCAAGCUGCAUAAGAUUGAUCCUGCAACUGGUGAACCAGGAGAGGAGCCUUUCGUCUUUCAAAUAAGCGAGGAUGCGGAAGUAAACAGGGAACACUACGCAAAACUGGCCAAUCAAAUUCCAGAAAUCGUAUAUGAGUUAUUAGAGAAGAACGGAUUGCAGAAGACAUAUCUUCCGCUCGACAUGCCAAUCGAGCGUUCCACAUUCGUAUUCACUCAGCCACAACCGAUUUCCAAAUCCAAGAAGUUGCUUGUUCUGAUCAAUGGCAGUGGAUAUGUCCUUGCUGGUCAAUGGGCUAGAAAGUUAAUUAUUAACAACUCCUUGGAUCACGGAACUCAAUUGCCGUACAUCAAGCGAGCCCAACAACUAGGGUAUGAUAUACUCGUGACCAACACGAAUGAUAAUGCCCGUGAGAUAAAGGGCAAGUUAAAGCCUAUAAAGGGUCUUGACACUGCUUUUCGACAUGCAUCUUAUGUCUGGGAGAAUGUAGUAAUUCCAUCAAAUCCAGAAAACGUUGCCAUUGUUGCGCACAGCUUUGGCGCAUCCAUUGCAAGAAAUCUGACGGAAAACUAUACAGAUUUCUUUAAGGAGAAGGUCUUUGCUAUUGCCUUGACCGAUGGAACAAUAGGUUCUCCUCCGGCCAGCUGCAAGCAGUACUUUAUCGAUGUUGCCUGCAAUUGGGCAUCUAGCAAUGAACCUCUUGAUACAGAUCUGCGCAGGGAACAGACUCGAGAUAGUUUCAGACGUGUAUCUGCAGGGCAUCCUGAGCACGAGUGGAGCUCAUACUCGGCUAUGGAGUCGAUCUUCAAGUUCUUUGAAGAUAAAUACGAGCAACGUGUGGGAACUAAAGACACGUCGUCUAACACAUAACUAUCUAAUCAAUACUUUCAUUCUAUAUAUUGUCAGAAUAUGUUAAUGUAUUAUACGUUUUUUUAUCAUA